GUUUCAAAAAGAAAUAUUUUGCUCUCACCUAAAUCUUGGGAUUAUUGACAAGUCGCAUCUGACAUUCUUUUUUGGACAACAAGAGUAAAGAUGGCGACGUUGGCAAGUUUGUUACCAAAGCCUUCACAGUAUGCAUACGACAGAGAUGAAGAGGAGAAGCAGAUAUCACAGCAGAAUGCGGCGAAUAUGAGUGUGGUGUCUUCCAAAAGGGAGCCUCCUCCAUACCUGCACAGGAAAGGCUUUGUACCACGGGUUUCUGGGGAUUUUGGUGAUGGCGGAGCGUGCCCUGAGGUUCACGUAGCCCAGUAUCCUAUGGAUAUGGGCCUUAAGAAGACGACUUCAAACUCAUUGACACUGCAGUACGAUGCACAGGGAAAGGUCAAAUACGAUGCCAUCGCCAGGCAGGGUCACGAAAAAGACAAGGUAGUUCACUCCAAAUUUCAAGACCUGGUUCCGGCCGAGAUAACGAACGUUGAGGAUCCCUCGCUGCAGAAACCAACAGAAGAUGAAGUCGCAGACACGACGGAGAAGACGAGGCAGGCGCUCGAGAAGCUCGUGUCGAGCAAGAUCGCUGCGGCGCUGCCCGUGAAGGCUGCCGACAAGCAGGUGCCGGCGCAGUACAUCCGCUACACGCCGAGCCAGCAGGGCGUCGCCUUCAACUCCGGCGCGAAGCAGCGCGUCAUACGCAUGGUCGAGAUGCAGUCGGAUCCGAUGGAGCCGCCCAGAUUCAAAACUAACAAGAAGAUACCACGCGGACCACCGUCUCCACCGGCUCCUGUCAUGCACUCGCCUAAUAGAAAGGUUACAGUGAAGGAGCAGCAGGAAUGGAAAGUCCCUCCCUGCAUUUCUAACUGGAAGAAUGCAAAGGGCUACACAAUUCCACUGGACAAAAGGUUAGCAGCAGAUGGCAGAGGCUUACAGACUGUGCAUAUCAACGAAAACUUUGCCAAGCUGGCAGAGGCUCUUUACAUAGCUGAUAGAAAGGCUCGCGAGGCUCUGGAGAUGAGAGCACAGUUGGAAAGGAAGCUAGCACAGAAGGAGAAGGAGAAGAAGGAGGAAGGCUUGCGAGCAUUGGCGCAGAAGGCCAGAGAAGAAAGAGCCGGAAUCAGGCAUGAAAAACGAGGAGACAAGGAUGAUGAGGUGAGAGAGAGAGAUGAGAUGAGACAGGAGCGGCACAAGGACAGACAGCGUGAUCGCAACCUGGCUCGAGCCGCGCCCGAUAGAAGAUCGAAGGUGGAGAGGCAGCGAGAACGAGACGUCAGUGAGAAGAUCGCCCUUGGCUUGCCGAACGCUGGAACGAGCGCCGGCGAAACACAGUUCGACCAGAGACUCUUCAACCAGUCCAAGGGAAUGGACAGUGGUUUCGGUGACGAUGAGGGCUACAAUGUAUAUGACAAGGCUUGGAGAACAACUGAGGGAAUGGCUGGUGCACUAUACAGACCAACAAAAAACGUUGACAAGGACAUAUAUGGAGAUGACCUUGACAAGCUCAUUAAGACCAGCCGGUUUGUACCGGACAAGGAGUUUGCGGGCACUGACCGCACGGGGCGACGCGAGGGCCCCGUCCAGUUCGAGCGUCAGGAGGAAGAGGAUCCUUUCGGCCUGAACAAGUUCUUGACGGAGGCUAAGAAGGCCAGCAAGCGGCCGGGCGAGGGCGAUGACCGGUCACGCGAUCACAGCAAACGGAGGCGCGAGUGAAACGGUGGGCCACUCGCGUGAAUUUACCGGAGAUUUUUUUUCUACCGCCGAUUAGAAUUCGGACACCGUUGUCCGAUUUGUAGUACUUUGUCAGCGUUACAAUAAUGUUGAACAGUUGAAGUUGGCAACGAGAGACGGAGUGAGAGAGAAAGAGAGAGAGAGAGCGUGAGAAAGAAGGGA